UUUGACCAAAUCAGGCAUAAUGGCAAUCAGAUAUGACCUGGCUGUAGGCCUUGAGAAAGGUCACAAAACAACUAAGAAUGUCCGCAAGCCAAGACCAUCAAGGAGAAAGGGAAAACUCAACAAACAUGUGAAGUUCAUCCGUGACAUUGUGAGGGAAAUUACAGGCUUUGCUCCAUACGAGAGGAGAACUAUGGAGUUGUUGAAAAUCUCUAAGGACAAACGGGCACUCAAGUUUUGCAAAAAGAGGUUGGGAACACACAUCAGAGGCAAACGAAAGAGGGAAGAAAUGAAUGCUACCCUACAAGCUAUGAGAAAGGCCCAAGCCUCAAAACAUUAAUGGACAUUUCUAAUAUUAUUGUAAAACUAAAAACUGCAAAAAUAAAGCUCGAAAAAGUGAAUUAUCUGAAUUUGUGAAUUAUAUUCCUCUGAAGCAAGUAUCUCAAAACCAAAUCACUCCAUUGCUGAAUGAAGUUUGUGUCAUUAAGUCAGGGCUACUAACUUAAUCCAGUUCCCCCGUACUUUGGUUGUUAAAAUCAAUUUAUGUAUGUUAAAAGAGGUCACUUUUUAAGGUAAGGGUGCACUUUGGAAUUUUUUUGCAAUUUUGAAAAGUAAACUAUUGAAUAUUCUAGUUAUCAAACAUUCUGAAGAAUUAAUUAUCAACCCUC